UUCGAUGUGUAAUUGUCGAAUCCCCUUUAGACUUCCAUUGGAGCGCCGCUGGACGGCAGGACUCGGAGGCCGAGCGGAAAGUGGGGAGCGAUUUAGUCGUCGGGAUAGAAGAAGCCGUGGUAGUUUUCUAAAAUGGUGUCAAGUGAGUGUGUCAGUGAGAAGAAAAGAGCUGGCCGUUCCGUCUCUUGUUGAUUCAAGAUUACGGCCAUUAUUUUCCCCGUUGAGAUUUCCCGUCGCAGACUGCGUCAACCGACCGAUCGGUCAAUGUCAACUUUGUCGUACGUACCGAGACAGAUUCCGAUCGAAAUAGUGAAAGUCGGGAGUGAAGGAUAUUUGUGUCGGGUGCGAAUGUGAGAAGUCAGAUGGACGUUUUGGAUUUGUUAUGAUGUGCUGUUGUUGGUCCGUUUGGUGUCCAGUCGCGAGUACUGGGCGUCGUCGCCCCGCGAAGAGAUAAUGGGCCAGAAGAUCAGCGACCUGAAGGGCGUUUUCGGAAUAAUGGACGAGAAGGACGUGAACGAGAUCCGGAUUUCGGUGGAGAGCGUGGACCUACGUCUCGACGAGCGCAAGGAAGAGAACGGUAACGAGUUCGGUAUUUACUUGAGUUCGGAGGACAACGGAAACCCGCGGGCGGGGGCGUCUGCUCUCCCGGAGAAGAAGAAGAGGUCCUCCAAGAGAAAGAAGGAUAAGAAAAGGCCGCAUUGGGUGCUGAGGUUUAACUGCGCCAGGCUGAAGUCAGGCAGCAACAGCUCCGGCUGCAGCUCCGAGCCCGACAUCGCGGAGCCCAACAUCGGCCUGGAAUCGUGCGUCUGCACCGGGUACCGGCGGACGGAGGAGCACCACCUCGGUGCGGGGGUCGUUUUUGAGGCCAAACGGGAGAGCAGCGAUUCGGAAGAGGACGAGGACCGUCGGCUGGAGGACUAUUCGCUCGACGACUGCGACGAGAGGGCCAGGAUCGAAAGAGCCAGGGAGAUCGAGGAAGGCGUGGAUCCUCCUCCUGGCUUCAAACCGGGCCAGCACAUUCAGGUGGUCUGCGUCCAGGACAUGAACAUCGACUCCUUGACGGCCCUCCUCCAAUCCGCUGCCCUUUCCGCCCUCUCCCAGCUCGACUCACAGAGGGUGGUCCACACCCAAGUGGACUACAUCCACUGCCUCGUCCCGGACCUCCUCCAGAUCACUUCCUGCUCUUUCUACUGGGGGAAGAUGAACCGGUACGAGGCGGAGCGACUGCUCGACGGCAAGCCCGAAGGGACUUUCCUCCUCCGGGACUCGGCGCAGGAGGAAUACCUCUUUUCCGUCAGUUUCAGAAAGUACGGCAGGUCGCUCCACGCCAGGAUAGAGCAGUGGAAGCAUCUGUUCAGCUUCGACUCCCACGACCCCGGGGUCUACUCCUCGCCGACCGUCUGCGGACUCAUCGAGCACUACAAGGACCCUUCGUGCUGCAUGUACUUCGAGCCGACGCUCACGAUACCGCUCCACAGGAACUUCGCCUUUCCCCUCCAGCACCUGGCCAGGGCCGUCAUCUCGUCGAAGAUCUCCUACGACGGAAUCAGCCAGCUCCGCCUUCCCAAACCGCUCAAAGCAUAUCUCAAAGAGUACCACUACAAACAGAGGGUCAAGGUACGUCGAUUCGACAACGAAUAAGUACUUAAAAUGUUUAACGAUUUUAGCGUUUAAUAUACUAAAUCAAUAUUUGAGUUUAAUUAAUUGUUUAACUGGCUUUGCAAUUAAGGAUUAAUGACCAAGUUACCAAAAAAAGAGUAGUAGUCGACUGUCACGGUGUUGACAUUUUUGGCAUUUCACUCAGUCCACCUCUCUAAACCUGAAUGGAAUACCCUUUCACCCGUCCACAUUCUUCAAUCGGCAAUGCGUCUGGACAGUCAUUCGAGAUAUUUACUCUCAGCCAACUCACAACACACGUCUGAAUACCAAAGCAUCGAAAUUCAAUGCAAUUCGGUUAAUGCCAAAAUUACGUCCACAACUCGGUACUUCUUCCUUAGGAUUACUUCCUAGACGACAGCUGUUUAUGAAAUUAAUCACCUUUGACAUUUCUUAUUUUAAGAUCUUCAACUUUCUAUUCUGACUAUUAAAAGACAUCAAAUAUUUAAUAUAGGAGAAGUCUUAUUGUUCAAAUAUCAUUAAGUUCCCGUAUUUACUGACUGCUUUUCCCAUUUUAUCCGCAAUAUCUAUAAAUUAAAUUUUACAGUUCAGUUUUUCAUUUUUAUUACUGAUAUCAACACCUUUCUUAAGCUUUUGAUACGUAAUAAUUCUCGUGGUCGUUUCUUAAAAGAGCAAUCUGUCAUCAGAUAAACAUUGUAUUUCGAUGCGUUUGUAGUUAUUUAUACUGCGUAUUUGAACUAUGCCCUUGAAUGAAAAAUGUGUUCAGCAAGAGAUCCGAUCUCGCCUUGUUGAUGAAAUGCCAUAAAAAUCAACAUUCGUAUUAUUAAUAAAAGAGUAAAAAUAUACAACAAAAACUAUGCUAGUGGGUCGAAGGAAAUUCUCUAGAAUAAAUUUUGGUAAAAAUUUAUAGAGAAAUUGUAGAGGAAAUUUUAAUUUCCUACAAAUUUUUAAAAUGAAAUGUACCCAUUGGACCGUAAAGGUUCAUUAGAAAGAGGUUGGAAAUAUUAAAAGUUAGUUAAUUUAUAUACAGAAAUUAUAUAUAAUAUAAUGUAAUUAUAACAUAGUGUAAAUAUUAGCGUUAUUACAAUUUAUUAUUACCUAAUUAUAAACAAAUACAGAUGUACCUGAAAUAUUAAAGAAAGAGAAUUUUACAAACUUUUUUGCCAGGUUUUUUAAAUUCUGAGCAAAAAGUGGAAUUUGUAAGGUUGAAUAGAGGAGUGAUUGAUUUGGUUGACAUAUUGAUAAAUUGGUAAGAAAUCAUUAAAUUUAGUGAUUCGGCCUUUUGAAAUAUUAACCUUUAUUAUUGUUAUAUAUCUAUUUUUUAAUUUUAACUACGGUUUAAUUAAAUGCUUGAUAGCUAAUACUUUUUCGAUAAAAUAAAUGAGGAUCGUUUCUAAUGGUAUAAAUUGCAACUUGACCUCGUACUCGCAAGUAUUAAAGAAAUUCGGUGAAACUUAUAAGAUUCUUAUUCUGAACUCUGAAGAGGUUUAAAACAAAAACGCCAAUAAAAUUGAAUUAACAGUGUUUGUGUUUAGCAUCUUUCUACAUAUAAAAUAAACUUGAGCUUAAAAAAAUGUUUUCGUGUGAACCAGAUUGAUCACUUUAGCGUUUGAAACAGAUAUUCCUACUGAUUGAUGUUUUAGGACGAGAAUAUAAAUGUAUCAGUUGAAUAAGAAAUUCAAUAUCAUUUUAGGCUGUGGUUAUAAUUGUUGAGUGGAAUUUUAUUUGAUGUUUUUCCUUCGUUUAAUCGAAAGACAGGAAAUUAAUUUCGACUAGUUUGAUAUCUCAUAAUUGUCGUGUUGAAUGAAUUGUGAUAUUUAAUUGUUCAAUUAUACAUGUAUAAAAGACGUUUUUAUCAGGCCUAAGAGCCGGCCUUAAAUAAUUUCAAAGGAAUGUCUGAACUACGACUGACACUGUUUGGUUUCGAGCUGAAUGGCCUACAAACUCGUUUUGUCUCGGGUAGAUUUGUUGUCAGUUCGACUGAUAAUUCUGAAUGGGUUCGCCUUGACUCACUGUUAAAAACUGGUAUUCCACCAGUUCUUAGAAUCUGCCGGUGAUCUAAUAAUUUAUGACGUCCUUUAAUUUUAUAUCCGUUAAAAAGUCGAAUGUUGUCCCGUGAUCUGUAAUAAAUGAAAUUCCAUUCAACUAAAAAAAAAA